AUGCACCUUUCUGCCAUUUUGGCGGCUCUGGCCGCGACCGGCCCGGCUGGCCUCACCAACACGUUGGACAAAGAGCCACUGCAGCAUCUCACCGUCCCCGAGCCGCUCGCGAAUCUCGGCAUCCAGCGCGCCCGUACCGCCAGCGGACCCUUUUCUGUCCCCGGCAUGGUCGCCAACGACACCAGCGACGACAACGGCAUGGCGACCUUCCAGAGGCCUGCGCUCGUGCCCUGCGUCGACUGUUACAUCACCGGCUUCUCCUUUGACGUGCGCUACGGCGACGGACCCAACGGGUCCGCCGGUGCCAUUGCCAACGUUGACACGGGCAUAUACCUGCACCACGGCGUUCUCGUCAACCUCAACCGCUCCGACACCACCUGCGACAAGCUCGGCGGGGCCAGUAUCCAGCGCAUGUUUGGCGCUGGCAACGAGCGCGGCUACAUCGACCUGACGUCCAACGGCACGCGCCGCGCUGGCUACUACGUCGCACCCGACGAGACCGUGCUGUUAAUCGCCGAAAUUAUGAGCAUGCAAGCUGGCGCGGCGCGGGACGUCUACGUGACGACGACCUGGGACUAUGUGCAGGCGCCCUCGUCGUCGAAUACGACGAAGACAGGCGGUGCUGCUGCUGCUGAACGCUGGGCUCCGGCCGUCCCCGUGUGGCUCGACAUUGACGGCGACUGCGGGACCUAUCUGAACGGCUCCGAGGUGGCCGUGCCGCCGGGCGACGCCGUGUUCUCCUACUCGUCGCCCCAGCCGUGGCAUCCGCAGUCGGGCGCGGGCGGUGCCGCCAAGAACUACAGUGUCCUCGUGUCCGCGAGCCACCUACACGACGGCGCUCUGCAGCUCGACAUUGCCAAGAACGGGGCCACGGUCUGCGAGGGUGUGGCCACCUACGGCGGGACACCCGAAUACGUUAGUCAGGUGCCGGGCCCGGACAUGCCGGGGAUGCCGGGCAUGAGCAUGGGUCCGGUGCCGUUGACACACAUCUCAGCCAUCCACAAGUGUUAUGAUGUGGGCACGACAAGCAGCAGUGACGCGUGGUCCAUCACGGCGCACUACAACUUUACAGCCCAUCCUGGUUUGGAGACGACCAACGGCCUGGCGAAGCCCAUCAUGGGUAUUGCCCUCUUGUUCCUCGCGGAGGAGUAG